AUGAAACUACUCGAUAAGGAGAUUCAAGUGUUUCUGGGAAUUCCGUACGCUAAACCACCUGUAGGGACUCUGCGGUUCAUGAAGCCGCAGGCUCCACAGCCAUGGCAGGGAGUGUACGAUGCAACAUACGCGAAGGACUCAUGCGUGCAGCCUCCUUAUCCAGGACUUUUUGACAUACCGACGGAGAUAUCCGAGGACUGCCUCUACCUGAACGUUUGGACUUCGUUGGCUUCAACGCGGCAGGGGUUUCCCGUUUUAGUCUGGUUCCACGGUGGCAUGCAUCAAGUUGGCUCGGCUUACGAAGCCAGGUAUAACGGUUCCGCCUUGGCAGCGCUCAAUGACGUCGUGGUCGUCUCAUGCAACUUUCGCCUGUCUGUACUGGGCUUUCUGUACCUGAAUCAUACCUUGACUCCCGGUAACUUGGCCCUGUGGGACCAACGUGCCGCCUUGCAGUGGGUGCAGCGAAACAUUGAAGAGUUCGGUGGAGACCCCGAUAGGGUCACAGUCUUCGGCGAAAGCUCGGGCGCCGUGCAGCUUCACGGCCACAUUUUGUCACCGCACAGUCGCGGGCUUUUCCACAGGGUAUUCCUGAUGAGCGGGUCCAUGAGUAUCUACCCCUGCGAGAGUGCCGCCUCCGAGAACAUCGCUGGGGUGAACACCAUCUCGGAGGCCGUCGGCUGCGGUUCGUACGAAAGGGCAACCGAUCCUGGCGAACUGCUAGAUUGCCUCCGAGACAUGUCGGCUCAAGACGUCGGCACAGUGAAAGCGGUGAAGUUUCGAGUGACAUGCGAGAACGAGUUCAUUCCGUGCCGACCUUCGCUUGCCAUGAAGGAAGGAUGGUUCGGGAAAUACGACGCGAUGGCGAACUACAGUGACAAGGACAGGGAAUUCAGCGCGGACGCUAUGAAUAUGCUGGCAUCAUUCGCUCGAUCUGGGAAGCCUAGCUUACCUGACGGCAAGGAAUUCCCCAAGUUCACACCCGAGAAUAGGGACUUUAUGUGGCUUGAAGCAGGAAAUUACACCAUCGUCUAA